AUGAAAUUCGGCCAGCAGCUGGAACAAGAGUCGGUUCCGGAAUGGAGCCUUCAUAACCUCGACUACAACUCUCUCAAACAUGAAAUCAAGGCGCACACCACACGGGACCAGGCCGCUGCCAUGACCAUCCCCGGUCACCCGGAUCUGGCCUUGCGCAACUUCGAAGACGGCCUGUAUGCGGAGCUCGACCGCCAGCAUGACCGCUUACACCUCUUUGUCAACAGCAAGGCCGACGAGAUCUCGAGGCGCCUAGAACACCUCGACUUCAACAUCCAGCGCUGGAUCUGCAAAUGCGCCAGCGGUCACGACACGUCCAUCUCCCUCAAGCGACAGCGGAGGUUCGCCAAGUACGAGCGCGAGCUGCUGCGCUGUGGCCAGGAUAUAUUUGCUCUGUCACGCUUUGCGAGCGCCCAGGUGGUGGCGUUUCGCAAAAUCCUCAAGAAAUACCGGAAAUGGACGGGCUCGUCAACGCUGACGUCUCGCUUCACGGAAACCAUCCUCGGCAAUCCCAAGAGCUUCACCAAACGCGAUUUUACGCCGCUCCAAGCCCGGUACGAUGACAUCCUGGGCGACCUCCGAGCCUCGGUCCCCUCAUUCAGCAAGACCAGUUCUCCCUCGUCAGUGGAGUUGUCACAACCCGAGCCGCCGAGCCCGGGAAACUCGCGACCGGCUUUUGGCCACCUACCGGCGGCGGAGAUGGAGCCGCGCAUCAAGUACUGGAACGAGUACGACGACGGGAGUGACGGUGGCGGGCCCGAGGACGAGUACGCAAUCUAUAUCAACCCCGACAACGAGGUCGACUUCCCAGGCCUUGCAUAUGUGCGCGCAAUAACGACGCUCCCCUACGAAAAGGCCAAGCAGUGGUUCGAGCGGCGCAAGAGCAGCGACGAGACCCGGCCACUGCUUUCGUCGGCGUACGCGCGCCCGAGAUGCUCGUCGCCAACAAUCGAGUCCGAGGAGGAAGGGUACUCCAGCUCUGACGCGAUUCCUCAUGAAGGCUACUCAACUUACUGUGCGCUCCCGAGCACAAGCGAGCAAAAGGUGACGCGCUACCGGGAAAGGGUCCUGCUGCGGGGUACCGUCGGCUGCUUCUUGACGUCGUUUGUCCUUCUGGUCAUCGCGGGCGUGCUUAUCUGUACAGGGAAGCGUAAGCUCCGCGUCGAGGUGGACGCCGGUGUGACGUUGGGUGUCAUGGUCAGCCUCCUCUGCGCAUGCUGCGGCCUUGGCAUGACGCUAUACCGAAGGGAUGCGCUCAGGGCCACGUACCGACUGGUGGUUUGGGGGGCCUUUGUCGCCUCGUGCUUGUUGAACGGGAUGUUGCUCGUCAUGGUCCUGGGCAGCACGCCGUGA